AUGACCUUUGAGAUCAACAGUAAUCCUCCAACGAUGAGCAAUGUCUCGAAAAAACCAGAAAAACACAAAAAUCAGCACUCCAGGGAUGUCACAUUGGAUAGCGAAUUAUGGACAGACGGCCUAAUCUGUGCUUUUGAAUUCAUCAGAGGCAAUAAGAUUCCACUGUUGAAAUCUCGUUCGACCAAUAAUCCCUCGACCUCGCAUUUUAGGAAGAAGAACAGCAACCGUAUACUUUCCCUCCAAACAGAUUUAGACUAUUUGAACAUUGAUACUGCAGAUGGUAAUUCUCAUGCCCAGGAAAGAUCUUCUGGAAAUGUCUGGGUACCGAUAGGAUGGACGAGGAUUACCAAGCUUCUUACCACCGUGAAAUUUGUCUCUGUUUGGGCCUCUCAGCCCAUUGAGAUGGACGACGAAGAUGAUAUUACAGUUGCGGAUGUUGUAGCUCCCUUUUGGGAACGUCCAGUGGGGCCCACUUGGUGGUGCCAUGUCGAUGCAAGUCACCCUUAUGUCAAUUCAUGGUUGAGCGAUGCUCAGUGGUUGCAUCCUGCUAUCAGCGUGGCUUUGCGUGACGAGAGUAAGCUGAUAAGUGAACGUAUGAAGCACCUACUUUAUGAGGUUCCUGUGAGAGUUGCUGGCGGACUACUGUUUGAGCUGUUAGGUCAGUCAGUUGGCGAUCCUUAUGCGGAGGAAGAGGACAUCCCUGUUGUUAUACGGUCUUGGCAAGCACAAAACUUCUUGUUGACUGCAUUGCAUGUUAAAGGUUCUUCGUCAAACAUUAAUGUGUUGGGUUGUUCAGAAGUUCAGGAACUGCUUGCAGCUGGAGGUAGUAAUAUGCCACGGACAAGUCAUGAGGUGAUAGCCCUCCUUGCCUGUCGCCUUGCCCGGUGGGAUGAUAGAUUAUUUCGCAAAUACAUAUUUGGGGAAGCUGAUGAAGUUGAGUUGAAAUUCAUGAACAGGAGAACUCAGGAGGACAUGCAUAUAUUUUGCAUAAUUCUGAACCAGGAAAUCAGAAGACUUUCAACGCAGGUAAUCAGAGUAAAAUGGUGUUUACACGCAAGGGAGGAGAUUGUAUUUGAACUCCUCCAACAUGUAAGAGGUUUUGCAGCUAGGAAUUUGCUCGAAGGACUGAGAAAAAGCACACGACAGAUGAUUCAGGAACAAGAAGCUGUCCGUGCUCGCCUGUUCACGAUUCAAGAUGUCAUGCAGAGUACUGUCCGUGCAUGGUUGCAGGACCAGAGCCUUCACGUGCAGCAUAACCUAGGCGUUUUCGGAGGCUGUGGCCUUGUUCUGUCCAUUAUUACCGGACUCUGGGGAAUAAACGUGGAUGGUAUACCGGGAUCUAAUAGAUCCCCUUACGCAUUCGCCUUAUUUACCGGUGCCCUCUUCUUGUUAGGAGCUGUGCUGAUAGCAAUUGGGUUGAUCUACCUGGGGCUCAAAAAGCCACUAAUUGAGGAGAAGGCUGAGGUGAGAAAAUUGGAGCUUCAAGAGCUUGUCAAGAUGUUUCAGCAGGAGGCCGAGUCUCAUGCCCAAGUCAGAAAAAUGGACUCACAGUCGAAAACUUCUUCUGCCGCAAAAGAUAUAUUUGGUGAUGGCGAGAACUUUGUUCUCAUCAACUGA